CUACUAUGGUCUCCAUGCCCACCGCCUGGUGUUCCAUUGCUCUGGCCCUGCUCCUGGCUCUGCACGAAGGGAAGAGCCAAGCUGCUGCCACCUUGGAGCCGGCGGCACCCCCGUCCCAGGGCCGAGAUGCCCACCUGCGACUUCGCCGUUGCUCAUGCAGCUCCUGGCUGGACAAGGAGUGCGUCUACUUCUGCCACCUGGACAUCAUCUGGGUGAACACUGCCGGACAGACAGCUCCAUACGGCCUGGGAAACCCGCCAAGACGUCGGCGCCGCUCCCUGCCAAGGCGUUGUGAGUGCUCCGUGGAUGGAGACCCUGCCUGCACCGCCUUCUGCCAUCGCAAACCCUGGCAUGAAGCCAUGGUUGUCCCGAGCAGCCAGUCACCUGCAGCUGUAUUCCAGCCCAGCAAGACGUGGGCCACGAAAGGAGUUCUCCUUCACAAGCUGAGGGACAUUUCAGCUGCCAAGCUCCGCUUUGUCAGGCGAAGGCCAGAGGUGACAAGGGAGCCCAGGCCUGCACACUCCAGGCGGAGGAAGAGAUAGUGCCAUGAGCUUCAAGAAUGUUGAGAAGGAAGCCCACGUAGGGACAGCAGAAGACAGGCAAUUGGUGGGAGACCCUCCAUCUGUCUGCUGGGCAGGGGCCUGGAUCCCAGCGAGAUGGACCCGUCUGAUGCAGUUGGUGCAAGCUGUGGCCUCCUUACUGGAAGCUCUCUGCACUCUCACCAUGCCAGAGACACCCCCAAGUGCCUGGACAUCAGAAUGGCCACAGCCCUGUGAGAAGGAGCUACAUGGCCAACACAAAUGUGGGGGCAGUGUCUGAGGAAUGUUCUCUCUGUUAGGCUACUGUCCAGAAGCAACCAGCCAGCAGGGCUCAAGCACACCUAAGCCAUACCUGGAAGCUGGG